AUGUCAGAAUAUCAAUCAAACAAUUCAGAAGAUUUAUCAUUACCAAAAGCUACAGUACAAAAGAUCAUUGCUGAAAUCUUACCUAAAGAUAUAGCUAUAUCAAAAGAAGCAAGAGAAGCAAUUACUGAAUGUUCAAUUGAAUUUAUAAUGAUGUUAAGUACUCAAUCAAAUGAUAUUGCAGAAAAAGAAGCUAAAAAAACAAUAGCUAGUGAUCAUGUGGUAAAAGCCCUUGAAGAAUUAGAUUUUAAUAAUUAUCUUCAAAUUAUAAAUAAAAUAUUAAGUGAACAUAAAGAAUUACUCAAGGGUAAAGAAAAGAGGAAUAAUAAAUUUCAAAAUUCAGGAUUAAGUGAAGAAGAAUUAUUAAGACAACAAGAAGAAUUAUUUAAAAAAUCAAGGGAUAGAUUACAAUCUCAAAGUGGAUCACCAAUAAAAGAAGAAGAAGUAUAA